UAGAGCGCCAGAAGCUGCUCACUGACCGAAGAAGAAUAUCCCGGAAGUAGGUGGAUGCAGGCGCAAGUUAGCUACUUCACUUCAAAAUACUGGUAACAUAUGUCCAUAUGCCAUUUCUGAUACGGUUGUGAUUGGCAUAGACAUUCGCCCGUCUGUCAAAAAACAUGAUGUAACUCUAACGAGGUAGACGCGAGGAGGCACAAAACUACUUUGGUAACUUAGCUUGUUUAGCUAACAAGUUAGCUGUCAAAUAGUUUCACGACAACUGAUCCGACACCGUUCUGAGGUGACAGUUGGUUUCAGUGGACAUUUCUCCAAACCCCAAAGUUUACUGAAGAACUGUUGGGUCGAUUCACAAUGGAUGAGGACGGUGAUGGCAGAUCCAGCCUGUCUAACUCCUGUCCUACUCGACCUAAACCCACACAGUCACCAGUUCCUGUCAGGAACCACAGGAACCAGAGAACACUGCAGGGUCCCAAGCUGCUAAAAGUUGACUGGGAUUCUCUUUUUAGAGAGAGACAACUUCCAUCAGGAGCAGCUAAACUACACCAGGAGAAUCAGCAGAAACCCAAGACAUUUCACGCCUGUCCAGUGUGUGGAAGACACUGCCAAAAGUUAUCCAUCCUGCAGAUCCACAUGAGGAUCCACACGGGAGAGAAGCCGUACCCCUGCCCCGACUGUGGCAAGAAGUUUGCUCACCUGGGAGCCAUGAGACGACACCAUCUCACACACACAGGAGAGAAGCCUUACUCCUGCUCUGUGUGUGGGAAGAGUUUCACCCAAUCAGGACAUCUGAAAGAGCACCAACAGUCUCACUCCGGAGAGAAGCACCACUGUCUGAUCUGUCUGAAACAGUAUAUCAGAGCAGAAGAUCUGAAGAUUCACCACAGAGUUCAUACGGGAGAAAGGCCCUACCGCUGUGCAGAGUGUGGCAAGAGCUACAUCAGGUCAAAGAAUCUCCGGGCUCACAAGCUGACUCACCAGAGGACAGGAAGUGGUGGUAAAAGUGACGGGGAGAUGGCAGCUACUAUCCAGGUGAAAGUGAAGGAGGAGGAAGAAGAGGAGGAGGUUGGUGGUUUUAUCAAUGCUGAAGGAGAGGAGGAGGAAGAGGUUGGUGGUUUUAUCAAUGCUGAAGGAGAGGAGGAAGAGGAGUCGGUUGGUGGUUUUAUCAAUGCUGAAGGAGAGGAGGAGGAAGAGGAGGAGGUUGGUGGUUUCAUCAAUGCUGAAGGAGAGGAGGAAGAGGAGUCGGUUGGUGCUUUCAUCAAUGCUGAAGGAGAGGAAGUUGGCUGGAGUUUCCCUGAUCUCAAUGAGAGUCCUGUCCAUGGCUCUUCUGGUAGUGAAGGAGGAAGUCUCCCUACAUCACACAUCAACAAGGAUCCCGGUGACCAAUCCCGCACCAAAGCUACAGAGUCCCAGGGUCCUGAUCCAAGACAUGAGGACAUCACUCAAACACCUGGGAUCAACGUUCAUAUUGUAGAUGAGGAGAAGGAGGAAGUGAAAGAGGAGGAUGAAGUUGGUGGUUUCAUCAAUUCUGAAGGAGAAGAAUUUGACUGGGAUUCUGUUCAACAUAGCGAGAGCCCUGACUGUGGCUUAGACAGCAAAGCGAUUCCCGCUACAUCAGAACAUCCUGAACACCAGGAGAGUCACAAAACUAAGACGUCCCACCGCUGCUCAGUGUGUGGCAGAGAGUGCUACAAGCUCUCGGUACUACAGAUCCACAUGAGAAUCCAUACGGGAGAGAAGCCGUACCCCUGCCCCGACUGUGGCAAGAAGUUCGCUCACCUGGGAGCCAUGAGAAGACACCUACUCACACACACGGGAGAGAAGCCUUACUCCUGCCCUGUGUGUGGGAAGAGUUUCACCCAAUCAGGACAUCUGAGGGAGCACCAGCAGUCUCACUCCGGAGAGAAGCCUCACCUGUGUCUGGUCUGUGGGAGAGGGUUCUCUAGAGCGUCAGACCUCAGGAUACACCACAGAGUUCACACAGGGGAGAGACCGUACAGCUGUGACUACUGUGGGAAGAGAUACGGCCGCUGUCAGAAGCUACGGGCUCACCAACGGACACACCACAGUGACAGGACACACGCUGAUACUGGAGAAGAGACGAAGUGAAUAACCAGGAGGAUUUGAACUUAAGACAUGAUAAGCUUAGUAUUCCUAUAGGUGAUGUUAGCCGGCUGGACAAAAACAAUGAUACACGUUGGUCAUCAUCAGACAGGAGAACAAUAGACUCCAUUGGAAUAGACAUAGUUCUAAAUUUCACCUAAAUGAUUCACAGAAUUCUGAUGCAGGACACAGGCUGCUGGGGAGGGGACAGACGCUGGGUGAAGUUCCCCUGCCUGAAUCCUAACCUUAACCAUUAGUGGGGGAGAUGCAAAACUGACCAGCGUCUAGGGGCAACUUCACCCUACUCCGUUGGGGGAAAGAAUGGGGAAGCUUUAUCAGUAAGUGUUGACAGUAGAACUAUGGGUGUUCGUUAGUAGGGUGGACAAACACAACUAUUAAACUUAUGAUGAAGAACGAUAGGCUCGGUUAGAACAAUUACAAUGGACGUGGUUCUAAAUUCCACUUGAAGAAAGCACCCAGUUCUGAUCGAGAGAUGACAUAAUCAGCGCUGUCCAGUUUGUUAUAGAACUUGAACCAGAGAAAGUGAACCCAAAAUGGCUGCUAGACGGUGUUCUAAAUUGGAAUCGCGGAAUGCUUGUUCUCCGUCCACCCCAUCCUGUGUGAGGAACCCAGUUAAAAUAAUUGUUGAAUUUUUUUUUUAACGUAAUAAUUCUGUUCUUUAUUGGAUAACAUCCAAAUAAUGUUCAGUCGCAGGACAUUUGAUCACAGAGAGCUAUGGCUCUGUCCAGGAUUUCAUUCAGUUCGAUACGCCGCUAUAAGAUAGUAAACAAAGGUGUGUCAUGGUGAUUGAAUAAAGAGGUUACAAAAACCUGCCUCUUAACUUUU